AUGGGCACAGGAAAGAAGAAGAUAGAGAUUCAAAAAAUCACAAAGGAAGCGUCGAGAAUGGUGACAUUCUCUAAAAGACGCAAAGGACUUUUCAAAAAAGCUAAAGAACUCGAGUCCAUGACGGGUUCUCGUGUUGCCGCUGUUGUUUUUUCACCCACAGGAAAGCCUUACACUUGUGGCGACGUUAAUUCUGCUAUCGAGAGACACCAUCUUGGUAGUAGUUGUUUGGAACCAUCAACGUCAGGGCUAAAUUCCCAUCAUUCUAAUUCUGAUGUUGUUGUUUCUGGUGAAUCCUCGGGGUCGAGAUCCUCCUCGACCACCAGGGGGAAUGGUCUUCGCCAUUGGGUGGAGAGUAUCGAUGUUGAAACAUGUCAAAAUUUGAAUCAACUCUUGAUGUUGAAGGAGCAAUUGGAAGGAACAAGAGAAAAGCUUUCUUCCAUGCAAGAUUCUGAAUCUUUUCAGGCUUUAUUUACCUAA